AUCGCAACGAGCGAGUGUGCGGUUGCGUGAGCGAUCACGAAUCUAUUAUUUGUGAUAAAGCUGCUUUCUUCGCACAGGAACAGAAAACAAUUGUGAAUUUGGAAUGUGUGAACACGUCAUUUGGUGAAGCGGAGCACGUUGACGAUAAAACCGUACGUUACACGCGUUUGUGUGUGCGAAAAGGACAAAAUGCCUCACGCUGAUUCAACAUCGCCGCGCACAGGGGGACGGGUAGAGGAGUGCGGUGGAGAACAUUCGGACGAAAAGGAUGAAGAAACUCCCUCGCCAUCCGGAUGGAAAAACGUUUCUGAAGACAACAUCGAUGGCAGAAAGAAUGUAAGCAGCGCCUCGAAUAUAAACAACAGCAGCAGCAGUAGCAGCAUCUAUCACAAUGAAGAAUCUUUUGUCGACAAAAUUCGAUCCAACUUUUCGUGCAUGUUUUCAAAGCUGUUGCCGUUCCGUCUUUCAAAGGACAUCAUUGAAUCGUCGCAUAAUCAGCAGGAAGUGCGAAGACUAUCGCGCAGCUUUGCAACGCAAACGCCAGAAGAUCUGGGGCAGGUGGUUCAACAUUCACAGAAUGUGCCCGAGUCGAAUGAGUUGAACAAUAACAAAAGCCUCCCCUGUGAGAUGGCCGCAAAACGGCGCCGACUGUGUGAAAGUGAAGAAAAAGCGUGCAACGUUCCCGAGCCACCGAAUACUCUGGGCCGAUUCAAUACAGUGCCGGCUGUUCGCCGCCUUACCGGUUUUCUUGGUAACGUACACUAUCGCAAACGGAUGCAGCAGCAACGGCACCAUGGUAAUGUACACAGGCCGCUCUUCGGUAGCCCAUAUCUUCAAUUUACCAGGGGGAGAAACGAUUCCAUCGCUUCCUCUCAGCGUCCAUCCUUCAAACCGUCCGUUACCGCUGUGGCGAAAUCGCUGACCACUGGUUAUAUUCCGCCAGAGUACGGAGGGUCACCGUUUUACGAAGGGUUCACCCGGUACGGUGGUGCAUCCGCCGCACAAAUGCUGGCCAGGUACGAUCCGAAUUCAACAGCAGUCACCACGCUGAUAAGAAGAAAAACCCCAACAGAAAACGGAUCGGCCUCCUCUUCCCGUGGCUCGACAGUUCCGUACCCUUCGCAACGAAUACUUGCGAUAGUGGAUAAAUAUGCUACGAACAGGUCGGACCGCACAGCCCAUUCGAAGGCGACACUGCGUAAAUCACCGUCCCCUCCAAUGGUCCAAUCAAUGUGCGUGCAAAAGACGGAACGUUCUCAAGAGACAGUGCAACAGCCGCAACGAUCACUGCCGCCGAUUGUUCCCUUGAUGGAGUACACGCUCCCGGUACAGCUCGGACUCCAACCUCCGGUGCCGAUCAGUCCUAUAGAGCGGAAAAAACAAAGCACACCGACCGGUGGCAAGCAGACAGCGAAAAGAACACGGAUACAUGCAAAACCGGUAAAGGAACCCGAGCUGUCCAAGGUACAGCCGGUCCAGCUCCCAAACGUACAGCUACCCCCGCUGAUCAAAGGGUUGCCACAGUUUGAUAACAUCGUACCAUUAAAAGGUCGCACACUUCCGGUGGCCGAUAACGUGCAUGAGUUAAAAGCUAACGCAAGCGACAAAGAGACUAUCGUUCGAAAACAUGAUCGGAAAAAGACGCCAGGGAAAACAGAAAGUAGUACAGCCAGUACACUUCUGCGUGAAAUCAAUACGUUUGUAUUUGCACGACCGCAGGUACUCGGAAGCUGGUCACCUCAGCUGCAGGAUGAUUCAUUUUGCGCUGCGACAAUGAAGUUUAAAUUUGCCGAGCCAGAGCCGUUGCAUGAUGACCAACCGCCGGUACGAUCUUUCAAGGACCUGAUGGCUGAUUCCGUCAACAGAUGGGCAUGUGAGGUUUGUAUGGUACGAAACGAACCACACAAGAAAACCUGCGUCGCUUGUAACAGCUCUAUGCCGAAAUCUAAGGAAUCGAAACCGAAAGAGUCAAAAUCAUCGAAGGAGUCGAGAUCAUUGAAGGAGUCGAAACCGAGAGAAUCUAAAUCGAAGGAGUCGAAAUCAAAAGAGUUGAAGCCUAAGGAGUCGAAAUCAAUAGAGUUGAAAUUGAAGGAAUCGAAACCGAAGGAAUCGAAAUCGAAGGAAUUGAAACCAAAGGAUUCGAAACCUAAAGAGUCAAAACCGAAGGAGUCGCAACCCAAAGAAUCAAAACCGAAAGAGUCAAAACCGAAGGAACCGAAACCGGAGGAGGCGAAACAGCACCGCAGCUCGCGGAAUAAAGCUAACACCAGCAAAACUACGUCCAGCGUUACCACAAAUGACAGUGAACCGUCUAAACGGUGGAAAUGCACGGCCUGCAAAGUGCGUAACGAACCAACCGUAUCGAUCUGUGUUUCCUGUGACAAGAAGAAGUCAUCCAGCAGUAGCAGGACAGACGAUCGAAAAGAUCGUAGUCACAAGAAAGAAUGCAAACCAUCAACUACAGAAAAGACCAAGCCGUAAAUGAGCGAUCAGGGGUGAAAUAUUGCAUUGUAUGGUUGCUGAAUUAUGUUGAAAACGUUUCAGCAGGACCUAAUUCUGAUAUAUGAUAUCUCAAUGUGAAAUACCAAGAUUUAGGACUCGAAAUUCAUUAAGUUUGCCAAGCUGACCGAUAGACCGAUCAGGAUAAUUUUUAUAUUUUAUGAGAGUUUAAAGCAACUAAUUUUGUUACUUGAAAUGUAUCCUUCGCCGAAGUACAAAAGACUUUGGGAUAAGAUAACCAAGCGUUUUCUUUUGAUAUGAACUUUUUCUUACAAUCGAUUUACAAUUAAAUGUAUUCAUGAACAUGAAUUGAAUGGAGGGUCUACUACAUCAACAACUCUUUAACAUAAACAAAUAACGAACUACAUAGACACACGAAGCAUUAGGAGAAGAUAAUCACGCAAUUUAAGUUGAUAUGAAUUAACUAUUUCUUGCAAUCGAUCUUGCAAUUUAAGAAAAUAACGCAAAUGUAUUGAAUGGAAGAUUUACUAUAUUUUCAACUCAAAAUGUAUGAAUUACAUGUACAACUUUCUGGGACUUUGAGUACACUAAUAAAACGUUGAGAACCUUUUUGCAUUAUG